AUGUGGUUUUGUUUAUUACUUCUAUUUAUUUUAUUUUGUAAUGGUGAAUAUUGUCAAAAAGUUGAAGGGAACGAUUUUAUAAUCUAUGUAAAUGCUAGUUGUACUGAUUCUACUUUAACUUCAAAUAAAUUAACAGGAGAUUAUACUAAUUAUUCAUCAGUUAUUUUUUCAGUUAAUAAUUAUAGAGUAUUUUCUUUUGGUUCAAGAGAUAAUACAUUUAAAGCAAAUAAAGUUAUUGUAAGAUUAGAAGAAGGAAAUAGCAAUAAUUAUUAUCUAUACUUUAGAAGUAUUGAAACAAAUUUUGAACUUGAAUUAACCAAAAAUUCUUAUUCAUUUGAAAAAGUUUAUUUUGAUUUCUAUAAUGGAAAUAGUCCAACAAGAAUAACUGGAGAUGUUGGUGAGUUGUGGGUUGGUGGAAAUGAUUUUUAUGAUUAUAAUUACCAUUUACCUAUUCAACGUACUUAUAUUAAUUCAAAUCCUAUUAAUUUAAAAUUUAGUUCUAAUAAUGGAAAUAAAUGUGUAUCAUGUUCAAAUGGAUAUACAUUAAACAAUGGAAAAUGUUCAAAUAAAGAAAAGAAUCAAAAUGGAAAGAAUGAAGAAAUAUAUUGUGAAAAUGGAAAAUACAUCAAUAAUAAUAAAUGUAUAGAAUGUUCAAAAUCAGAAAUAUGUCAAACAAAUGAUAUUGAAAUAAAAUAUAAUAAUAAAUGUAUAAAUAAAACAUGUGAAGAAGAUAUGAUAAAAGAUCAAAAUGGAAAAUGUAAUAAUAAUAAUAAUAUUGAAUAUUGUUUAAAUAAAUCAUAUGUUAAUGGAAAAUGUGUUGAAUGUUUAAAUACAUAUUCACCUAAUUUGAAGGGAGAAUGUAUUAAUACAAAAAUAGAAUAUUGUGAAGAACAAAAUGGAUAUGGAUGUAAAAGAUGUGAAGAAGGAUAUUAUUUAACAAAAGAUAAGAAAUGUUUAAAAUGUGAUAGUAAUUGUGAAACAUGUUAUGGAAUAUCUACAUAUUGUAUGAGUUGUUCUAAUGAUAAAUAUUUAAGAAAUGAUAAAACAUGUCAAUCAAAUGAAGAAUUAAAUGGAACAUGUUUACAAAUAUUAGCAGAUGGAAGUGGAUGUGGAAUAUGUAAGAAUGGAUAUUAUAGAAAUGGGAAAGGAUGUUCAAAAUGUGAAAAAGAAUGUUUAACAUGUAAUCAAAAAGAUAAAUGUAUAAUAUGUGGAGAAGGAUAUUUUAUGAGUUCAACAGGAAUAUGUAAAUCAACAACAACAAUUAAAGGAUGUAAAGGAGAAAUAGAUAAAGAAUAUGGAUGUAGAGAAUGUUUAACAGGAUAUUAUUUAAUAAAUAAAGAAUGUUCAAAAUGUGGAAAUAAAUGUAUAACAUGUUUAAAUGAGAAAGAAUGUAAUAAAUGUGAAGAAGAAUAUAUAAUAAUAAAUAAAGAAUGUAUUCAUUAUUCAAAUAUUAAUAAAUGUAAAGAAACAAAAAAUAAUAAAUGUUCAAAAUGUUCAUUUUGGUAUGGAAUCAAUGAAGAAGGAACAAAAUGUAAUAAAGAAAUGGUAUGGUGGAUGAUAAUGAUAAUUAUCAUCAUUAUACUUAUUAUCAUCAUUAUAAUAAUUAUAAUUAUAAUAAUAAUGAUUAAUUACAUUAUAAAACGCAAAGAAAAGAAAGAACAAGAGAAAACAACAACAAUAUUUAAAAUUUCACAAUCAAAUAUCAAAUUCAUAUCACUUGGAGAUGGAAUAAUAACAAAUAAAAAAGAAAUAGAAAUAGGAGAAGGAGAAAAAAUUGAAGUAAAUAAAGAAAUUAGAGAAUUAAUAUGUAUUGGAAAUGAAAAUAAAGAAAAAAAGAAAAUACAAAUAAGUAGUAAAGAAGAAAAUGAAAAAUAUUCAAUUAGAAUCAAACCAAAUAUUAUUACAAUUGAAGGAGGAUAUGCAUGUGAAUUUGAAAUAUUCAUUACAAUCAAAUGUACUACUAAAAUUAAAGAACAAAUAAUGAUAAUUAGUAAAACACUUAAUAAAACACAAGAAGAAAUAGUUAAAAGUAUUUCAAUUAAAGGAGAAACACAAAUAUCAACACGACUUGAUCCAGAUGAAAUAAAAGAAGAACAUAAAAUAGGAGAAGGAUCAUUUGGAAUUGUAUAUAUCGGAGAAUUUAGAGGGAAUCAAGUAGCAAUUAAGAAAAUGAAACAAAUUGAUAAAGAUGAAAAUAAAAUGAAAGAAUUUGAGAAAGAAGUAAUGAUGUUAGAUAAAAUUCGAAGUGAAUAUAUCAUUCAUUUUUAUGGAGCAGUAUUUAUUCCUAAUAAAAUAUGUAUGGUAACAGAAUAUGCAAAAUAUGGAUCAAUACAAGAUUUAAUUAAUAAAAGAACAAACACAGAAAUACCAAAUAAAAUAAGAAUUAAAUUCAUGCUAGAUGGAGCAAAAGGAAUUUCAUAUCUUCAUUCAAAUGGAAUAAUACAUCGAGAUAUUAAACCAGAUAAUUUUCUUGUUAUAACACUUGAUGAUAAUAUUGGAGUUAAUUGUAAAUUAACAGAUUUUGGAAGUUCAAGAAACAUCAAUAUGAUGAUGACAAAUAUGACAUUCACAAAAGGGAUAGGAUCACCUAUUUACAUGGCACCAGAAGUACUUAAUCGAGAACAUUACAAAAUGGAAUCAGAUAUAUAUUCAUAUUCAAUAACAAUGUUAGAGAUUAUUACAUGGCAAAAUCCAUUUCCUAAAGAAAUAUACAAUUUUCCAUGGGACAUUGCAGAUGCAAUCACGUCAGGUAAAAGACCACCAAUAAUACAAGAAGUUAAAGAAGAUAUUAAAGAAAUUAUUGAAAAAACAUGGAAACAAGAACCGAAAGAAAGAAUAAGAAUAGAAGAAGUAGUAAGAAUGUUAGAAAGAAUUGAAAAUAAAGAAUAA